UACUUGUAGUUUCUUCUAAUUCGCCUGCAUAUAUUUCCCAAUCGACCGCGUACCUUACUUUAAGGAUAAUCGAUUCUUCGAAAAGGAAGACAAGAAGUAGACUAAAUCUCUCAAAAUGAAUCGUGUUAGGAAAAUUCUCUCAAGCAAAGAAACACGAGAGUAUUUAAUGAGCACACAUUUUUGGGGACCUGUAGCUAACUGGGGUAUUCCAAUCGCUGCGAUCGCCGAUAUACAAAGAGAUCCACAAUAUAUUAGUGGAAAAAUGACACUUGCCUUAUGCUUAUAUUCAGCAAUGUUCAUGCGAUUUGCACUCAAGGUACAACCACGGAACUUACUCCUCUUUGCCUGCCAUUUUGUUAAUGAAGGUGCACAACUAACACAAGGCAGUAGAUUUAUAAAAUAUCAUUUUCUACACAAAAAAGAGUAAUGGCCCAAAACAAAUAUUUCCCAUUCUUCACAGUACAAAUGUUCCUGUAAUCCUAUGUCCAAGUUACCUUGCAUAACGUAUGUUACCGCAACCUACAAGUAGUCAGCGAACAAUAUUCGUUUAAAAUAUAUAAUAUAAAUAUACAUAUGUACAAUCUAA